AAUGCUGUCCAUUAUUUAUAAUGGUCCACUAUACUUUCUAGGGAAAAAAUAUCCUAUCUGUGUAUCAGCAAAAAUUGGUGACAUGUGUAUGGAAGACACUGACUGUUACAGUAACAUCUAUUUAAGUCCAGCAAGUAUGAUAUGUGAUACUACAUCAAAUAGGUGUUCAUGUCCUCCAGGAUUGAAACCAAGUUAUGAUAAAUCUAGAUGUUCAAACCAAACUAAAGCAUAUGGGGAACCAUGUUCUGACAUUCGAAACAUAUUCUGUGAUGCCAGCAAGGGACUUUACUGUGGAGAUAACUGUGCCACAAACCGCUCUUCGGAAGAAGCCACAACAUGUCGCUGUGGGCCCUGGCAUAUCACCAUGUAG